GCGAUAUGUUCAUGACAUAUUUUUGUGUGUGCAAUCAGAAGUACAGUGCUGGCCUAUAGGGCACUCCACGGGACACUGGUGGGACAGAAGCAGAUAUAUUGUAUUGUACUCCACGGGACACUGGUGGGACAGAAGCAGAUAUUGUAAUAUUGUACUACACAGGACACUGGUGUGACAGAAGCAGAUAUUGUAAUAUUGUACUACACGGGACACUGGUGUGAAAGAAGCAGAUAGCUCUAUAUUGUAUUGUAAACUUGUGACAUUUGUCGAGGAAGUGAAAGACACACAUCUUGACUUGACGGUCAGUCUAUAGAAGCCUGACUCAGCUCAUGCACGUGUUCUGACUGGAUUCCUUCACCACCACAGCGCCCGGGUUCGAGUCUCGGUGUAGCAAACGUCACACGGCGACUCCCGACUGUAGGUCGGGGCGGAGUGUAUGAGUGGGACGUUCUAGAAGCUUCUCUGUGUGUGUGCGCGUGUGUGUGAGUUGACGGGAUGUAAGGAAGACAGAUUCUCUGCCGUGGAUGUACAAAAUGAGGGAAAGAUUGAGUGAGGAAGUAGACCGGCAGAGAUGAUCCGAGGAAGGAAGGAAGGGAGCAACUAUGCCACAUGGUUCAUUGGCUUUGAUCACG